AUGACUACCAAGGUCCUCCAGACCGGAGGCAGGAUGGAGAUGUCGUCCUCCUCCUCCAGCACCACCACCAUCACCACCAGCUCCGGCUCCGGCACCACAACCGUGCGCAAGGUCUCCCAGACCUCCAAAACCACGGACGGUAUACACUCUACAGAGGACACUGUGCAACGCAAGAUAUCGUCUGUCGUCGAGUCCUACAGCCAGAAGCAGAAGUCCUCCAGUAUCCCAGAUGGAGAGAGCAUGCCCGAUUUUGAGGAUAAGCCCCGCCCAAUCACGGUCCAAGAGGGGGACAAGGCGGUCUUCAGGGCGAAGAUUACCGGGCUCCCAAAACCCACUGUGACCUGGCAGAGAGACAGCGGGCAGCCUCUGGGGGAGGGGGUCAAGCCCUUCUUCGACAGCAUCAACAAGCAGGAAAUUCUGCAGAUAAAAUCUGCCAAUAUGGAUGACGCUGACGUCUACAAGUGCAUCGCCUCCAACGCUCACGGAGAAGCGAUCUACUCCAUGUCGCUCGUCGUCACAGAAAAUACUGCACUGGAAUAUAAGAAAUUGUUGAAGAAAAGGACUGUACCAGUAGCUAGGGUGGUGAAGAAAGUGAUUACAGAAGAGGAGAUGCUGAAGAUUCUGUCAGGAGCCGAGAAGAAGGACUAUGAGCGCAUCUGCGCUGAGCACGGCUUCACUGACUUCAGGGGAAUUCUGAAGAAGCUGAAAGAGAUGAAGAAGAAAGUGGAUGUAGAGCUGGUGAAAGUUAUCAAGCCACUGGAGGACAUCACAACAAAGGCUGGAAAAAACAUCAUUUUCGACACCAUCCUGGAAAUGAGAGACCCCAACACGAAGAUGAUAUGGCUAAGGGGUACCGAGCUGCUGAGGAUCCAGUACUCCAUGGGGAAGUACGAGCUCAAACAGAUGGGGACUAAGUACAUGCUGCACGUCAACAACGUGGUCAUGGAGGACAUCGGCAGCUACACCCUGCAGGUCGGGGACAAAGUGCUCUCCGCCAGGCUCAACGUCAUCGACGAGCCGCUGUCGUUCCUGACGGACCUGAAGCCCAUGCGCGUGACGGAGCGGCAGACGGCCGUGUUUGAGGUGCGCCUCUCCAAGAAGACCGACCUGCCGCCCGUGUGGAAGUUCAAGGGGAAGGAGCUGAAGAGGGACGAGAAGAUGGACGUCACCUUGUCUGAGGACGGGCUGACCUACACCCUCAAGAUCAAGGACGUCCGCCCCAGCGACACUGGAGACUACACCCUGAGCCUGGGGGACCUGACGGCCACUGCGCCCCUCUUUAUUGAGAGGAUCCCCAUUAAGUUUGCGAGCCACCUGAAGAACGUGCGCGUGAAGGAGAAGGGCAAGGCGCGGCUGGAGUGCGAGAUGAGCUCCAAGGACGUGCACAUCCGCUGGCUGAAGGACGGCCGCGACAUCACCAAGGACCCGCGCUACACCUUCAUGCGCGAGGGCAAGCGUGCCGAGGUCAUCAUCGACGACUGCGACCUGGCCGACUCCGGGGAGUACGCCAUUGUGUGCACGCAGGACAACGACGCCAACGAGUACGUCAGCUCCUCCAACCUCACCGUGGAAGAGCGCUUCGCCACAGUGAAGAGCGGGCUGUCUGACGUGCACUGUCCCACGGGCUCCGAAUCUGAGAUGUGCGUCGUCCUCAACGACGAGAAGGUGGAAGGGGUGUGGCUGAAGGACGGGAAGGAGGUAACCUCAGACCGCCCCAAUUCAUGAGUGGUGAAGCAGGGGGCCGUGCACAAGCUCAUCUUCACCAAGGUGGGCGCCCACCACGAGGGGAAGUACACCUUCCGCAGCAAGGGAGCCGAGAGCGAGGCCGUGCUGGCCAUCGCAGACCCGCCGGUCAUCGACCCCGGGGUUCUGGAGCUCCUGGCCAGCAACCCGGUCACGGUGAAGGCCGGGCAGACGGCCCACAUCAAGAUCCCCUUCAAGGGCAAGCCCCUGCCCAAGGUGACGUGGUUCAAGGACGGGAUCGAGAUGAUGCCAGACGAGCGCACGGUGGUGGAGCGUGAGGGCGACUCCACCACGCUGGUGCUCAGCAAGUGCGUGCGUGAGGACAGCGGCGCCGUCAUGCUGAGGCUCAAGAGCGACGCGGGCACCGCCAUCGCCAACCUGCACCUCAACGUCAUCGACCACCCGAAGCCCCCGCAGGGGAAAGUGGAGUUCCUGGAACGCACGGGCAAGUGCAUCACCAUGAAGUGGAAGGCGCCGCGGGACAACGGCGGGAAGCAGGUGACCAGCUUCGUCAUCGAGCGCCGCAUGUCCGGCAAGAAGUCCUGGAUCAAGGUGGGGGAGGUGGACAGCAAGACCACCACCUUCAGCAACGACAAGGUGGAGGAGGGCAAGGCCUACCAGUACCGCAUCCGAGCUGUCAACUCCGAGGGCGUGAGCGACCCCCUGGAGACUGAGGAGGUGUUCGCAGGAGAGCCCAUCGAACCCCCCGGCAUGGCGUCUCAGCCUCAGAUCGCAGACGUGACCAAGGACGCGAUCACGGUGACCUGGACGCCCCCUGCGGAGGACGGCGGAGCUCCGGUCCUGGGGUACAUCGUGGAGAGGAGGAAGAAGGGGAGCAGCAUGUGGGUCCCCGUCAACAAGGAGCUGGUGCAAGACACCAAGUACACGGUGGACGGGUUGGUGGAGGACGUGGAGUACGAGUUCCGGGUCACGAGCGUGAACAGGGCGGGGCCUGGCACCCCCAGCACUACCUCCAACUCUGUCAUCGCCAAAGAUCCCAUCCGUGCCCCAGGCCUGGUAAAAAACCUCCAUGUGACCGACUCCUCGAACUCCUCCAUCUCCCUGGGCUGGAGCCCCCCUGAGCUGGGAGACGCGCCCUCCGGGUACAUCCUGGAGGUGCGUCCAGAGGACGCCAAGGAGUGGAGCAAGUGCACCAAGAUCCCCAUCACCAGCACCAACUACACCGUGGGGGGGCUGCAGGAGCGCAUGAAGUACUUCUUCCGUAUCCGUGCGGUCAACGAGGGGGGCAUCGGGGAACCCAUCGAACUGGACAAGGGAGUGCUGGCUAUGCCACCUCCAGCUGCUCCGAAGUUUGAUCUCCAUGGGAAACUGAAGAACCAGAUGGUAGUCCGAGCAGGAAUGGCACUUUGUCUCAAUGUCAGCUUCACGGGCUCUCCCCCUCCAGUGGUGACCUGGAUGAAGGACGGAAUCCCCACCAAGGGGCGGGAGGCCAUCACCAAGGGCAAGAAGCAGUCCCAGUUCCUCAUCAGCUCCGCCCACCGCUCCGACACGGGCGUGUACCGUGUGCACCUGCGCAACGACUACGGAGAGGUGCACUUCGACGUGCACGUACAUGUCCUGGACUUCCCCCGUCCCCCUAAGGACCUGAGGUUGAUGGAGGAAGUGCCCGGGACAGUGACCCUGCACUGGGAACACACCCCUGACCUGGCAGAUGACCCCAACACCCAUUACAUCAUCCUGAAACGGGAUGUCAGCACGGCGACCUGGUACACUGCUGCCGAUCGCGUCUUCAGCAAAAAGUACACCAUGACCGGCCUUCUGCCCGGACGCAAGUACUACUUCCGGGUCAUUGCUCGCAACGACAUCGGGGACAGCGACCCUCUGGACACCAAGGAGCAGUUCUCUAUUGCCAAGGAGAAAGUCCAGCACCAGUCACUGCAAAUGAAGGAGUACAAGCCCAAAGACCUGUCCAUGAAGCCGGAGUUCAUCCUGCCUCUGAAGGACCACGCGGUCCGCUGCGGUCACGACUGCACCAUGAGCUGCGCCUUCCUGGGCCGCCCCCCGCCCCAGGCGUCCUGGUACAAGGGCGACGUCAAGAUCUCCGACGGGCCCCGCUUUUGGCAGUCCACCGCCAACGGCGUGUGCACCCUCACCAUCCCCACCUGCAACGCCAAGGACAGCGGAGACUACACCCUGGUCCUGGAGAACCCGCUGGGCAAGGCCCAGUGCAAGUGCAGCUUGAUCAUAUUCGACAAAGAUGACAAGAGUAUUCUGGAAAGGCUGAUAGAGGCCAGGAAAGCGAAGCAAAUCAUUUGAGGAGAACACAGUUGUGGGUGCCGUUCUUCACACUCCCCCCCCCCCCCCC